AUGGUAUCCCCCCUUCCGCCCUGGGUUAUCCGCGUUUCCGGUAGUCGGGCUACCGGCUGUAUGGUGCUUAGGAUGGCGAUACUCACUGACGAUGCCGACUACGAUGCCGGCGAAAUGUUUGGGAAUGUUCCACGUCAACUGUUCAACUUUGGAAAUGAUCAUGCAGACAAUGGAGCCCGGACUAGGAUAACUCUUAGAAAUACGGAGAAGUGGUUAAUUUGUCGUGACCGUACGUUGCACGACAAUGACCUGGGUUUGAGUCCCGUUGGGGGUGAAGAUGAGACCUAG